AGUUCCUCAUAUAUGGCAGAGACGCACAAUUAAUUUCGAAUUUUCAAACCCUUUCACUUCGAUAUAUCUCGACUCUUUCAUAAUCACCGUAAUACAACACUUCUGUUCUCCAAUGUCGCUACUAGGUCAGCGUAGACCGCUGUUGGAUGGCACGAUACUGCUGCUGGAAGACGAGAGCGAGUAUAGUGGAGACGGCGAGAAGGGAACGCCAGCGGUGAUUUAUGUACUGGGAAUGUUGAUGAGCUUGGCGUUGAUAGGAAUGAGUACGUUUGCACUGGUAUUUUGGGUGCAGGAAUCGAGGAUGAGAGGGCUUCAGCUAUGGACGAAGCUCUGGUUCGCUGCUUCUUCUACUGUUUUUCUUCUCUCCGUAGUUCAACUAGGUCUGCUGGUUUUGGAAUUCCACUUGUGCAAGAAGAUUAUGGAGUGUAAGGAGGUUGCAGAGGAUGAGGAAGAUUUAGAGGCUAGUUACCCCACAUACGAGGUCGUUCAAAGUUAGAUACAAAUGCAUGUAAUAUGACAUUGCUUCUGAAGUAGAUUAAUUAAUAUUGCGUGUAUUAAAUUAAUUACAAAAAUAAAUUUUGGUGACUUAGUGUCAUAAGUA